CAUCUACCAUGUCGCGUCGCAAGCAGGCGAAACCCCAGCACAUCAACUCGGAUGAGCAGCUCAUAGUUGGAAAUGGUUCUGAAGAAUGUCAGGAUGAUGGAGAUGGGGAAGUAAGCGCAAAGAAAUGCAGGACUGAGGAAACAAACAUCUGUAGGAAAUGUUGUGCUGAAUUCUUUGAUCUCUCCAAGUUCCUUGAGCACAGGAAAAAUUGCACUAAAAACCCACCAGUUUUGAUUAUGAAUGAAGGUGAGAGGGAAAUGUCUCCAAAAGACAGCCCGGAAUCUUGUCCAGAUAACUUUGCAAAUGGCCAACUGAAUGAUCAAUCAAAAACUAAUGAUAGCCCUGAAGAAAAGGCACAUGAACAGAGUGAAACUGCUGAAAUGACCGUUGAUAUUGUAGAAUCUCAAAAAUCAUCAUGUGCCUCAAGUGCUGCCACCAGUUUACAUCCAGCCUCUGAAAUGAGCUAUGUGUCCCAAUCUAAAAUACCAAACACUAACGUCACACUGGAGACUAUUCAGAACACUAAAGUGGCAGUGACUCAACACAUUUCAGACAGUGUGCCUACCAGCAAUUCAAAUGCAACUGGAAACGUCAAUGUCAUUCCUAUCUUGCUUGAGCAAUUGGUCUGUUUGCAGCAGCAACAACUCCAACAGAUUCAGUUAACUGAGCAAAUCCGCAUCCAAGUGGCAAUGAUGGCCCCUCAUUCUCUGCAUCCUUCCAUCGUUGCAGCUGCAGACCCCCUUAAAGCACUAGGGGCUCACCUGUCACAACAGCUUUCUGCUGCUGCUGCUUUAAUUGGGCAGAAAGUUGGUAGCCAGACCUUUACUAUGGAUGGUUUUAAACCAGUACAGCUACCUCAUUCGUCUGUUGGUACAACUCAUUUUAAUAAAGGUUUACACCACUCUGAGUCAGGGUCUCUUCAAACGGCUAGUGCUUUAGCUACAUUAACCUCGAAACCUGAUUCCAUUUCUUGCUCUGAAAACUCCACCAGACUUAAACAUGGCAACCUCGCAAGCCAAGCUGCCAGAUUUCCAAACCCAUUGCUACCUCAGUCUCCAAAUCCAGCAACUAUCCACAACCCACUGAUUGGACUAUCUGCAGCUUCGGCUGCACGAAAUCAGAAAGGCAAGCCUCCAAAUGUUGCAGUGUUUGAAACCAAGUCCAGUUCAGAAGAGUCCUUUUUCAAACACAAGUGCAAGUUUUGUGGCAAAGUAUUUGGAAAUGACAGUGCCCUGCAGAUUCACAUCCGUUCCCACACUGGUGAAAGACCUUACAAAUGCAACAUCUGUGGCAAUCGUUUUACAACCAAAGGCAAUCUGAAGGUCCAUUUCCAGCGGCACAAGGAGAAGUACCCCCAUAUCCGAAUGAAUCCAUAUCCCGUUCCAGAACAUCUGGACAAUGUUCCAACUAGCAGUGGAAUUCCCUAUGGCAUGUCAAUACCUGUUGACAAUUCGGCUAACUGGGUGGACACCAAGCCUGUCUUGCAAACAUUGUCCAAUUCAGUUGGAAUGAAGUUGUCAUCUAGUUUUGAGGAUACUUCAGAAAAGGUACCUGUGAGUGAGUUUCUGCAAAGGCGAUCUCCAGCAGUGAGUGAAACUGCUUCGAUGUCUUCAAAUGUCAGCAACUAUGAAUCUAACCUAGAAAUAAAACCUACAAAUGAAAAUGGCAGUGCACCUACUUUGGCUACAUCCAUUAUGCCAGAAACCUCAAAACCCAAAUUAUCUUUUAGUAACAUUCUUGAUAGUAGCCAAGCAUCUGAGACAUUCAAACUCCAACAGCUGGUAGAGAAUAUAGACAAAACAUCCACUGACCCAAACGAAUGUGCUGUAUGUCAUCGUAUACUAAGUUGCCAAAGUUCACUCAAAAUGCAUUAUCGUACUCAUACUGGUGAAAGACCAUUCAAAUGUAAAGUUUGUGGCAGAGCAUUUUCCACAAAAGGCAACCUGAAGACUCACUAUGGGGUACAUCGAGCAAAACCACCACUACGAGUGCAGCAUUCAUGUCCUAUAUGCCACAAGAGAUUCACCAAUGCUGUUGUUCUUCAGCAGCACAUUAGAAUGCACAUGGGAGGUCAGAUCCCAAACACGCCUUUACCGGAGGGCUAUUAUGAUGGUUCUGAUCCAGAGCCAGCAUUGGCUGAUGAAAAUGCUGAACUUGACAGCAGUUUUACUGAUGAAAACAUGGAUGAAUCUGAGUUAGAAGGGGACAAAGGUACAAAGGUGCCUACAGUUGAGUAUUCAAAACCAGUUUUGCCUUACAGUGACUUGCCAGCCAACUCUCCUUUGUUAGUAUUCUCAAAUAUAGCUGCUUUAGAGAGUCAGAUGAAAAUGAUUAAUUCCGGUGUGAACUUACAACGUCAGAGCAGUUUGAAAUCUGGUGAGAAUUGCUCCCCAGAAAAUGAAGGUGUGACUAAUGAUUCUCCAGCAGUUGGGGAUCAAGAAUAUCCGAAUAAUCAGAGUCCAAGUGCUUCAGAAUCUGCAUUGUUCCAAGCUUCAUCUCCUGUGAAUAGCUUUAAUGGUAGUCAUCUGUCAAAGUCGCCAGGAUUUCCAAUGCCUUGUGAAAGUUCAGAAACAAAAACUGAGCCUGUUGAGACAUCUGAGCUACCAAAUGAUGGUGCAUUAGAUUUAACAUCUGCCAAUAUUCAUCGCAAAAUUAAGGAAGAAGUGCCUAGUAUACCUUUUACUAACGGGGAUUGCAGUGCUGUUCAAGUUCCUGCAGGUUCCUUUAUCAGGGCUCCUCCUUGUCUGAUUAAAGUGGAAGUAAGCGACCAUGGAGAACGACCAGCAGGAACCACUGCACAGUUUCUUGCCCCGUCAGCUGUGGCUCCAAUCAUGCCACCUAUUUUGGCACCUCCACCCCGUCGUACACCUAAGCAACACAACUGCCCUACUUGUGGAAAGAGCUUCUCCUCAGCAAGUGCUCUGCAGAUUCACGAACGCACGCACACUGGUGAAAAGCCAUUUGCAUGCACCAUCUGUGGAAGAGCUUUUACAACGAAAGGAAAUCUCAAGGUCCAUGUUGGAACGCACAUGUGGAAUAAUUCAGCCAGGCGUGGAAGACGUCUUUCGCUGGAUAGCCCUAUGAUACUGAUUGGAAAUGAUCCAAAGAAGAUUUCAGAAAUGCUCCCGAAGGAGCUGAUGGCUCCUACAACAAACAUUGAACCAACCAUCUGGAACCAAUAUACCACUGUACUUACAAAUGGCUUAGCUUUGAAAUCAAAUGAGAUCUCAGUGAUUCAAAAUGGUGGUAUUCCUAUCACAGUUUGUAUGGCAAGUGGUUCUGUUGUGAGCACCAGCACUACAGUUUCCAAAGUGGAUGCACCCCAGUCUGGCAUUGGUCCAGCAAUCACUGAAGAAGAGAAACCUAGUUCUGAAAGUGUUGCUUUGCCUCCCGUCCCCCAUUUUGUGGAAGAAGGCAAAAUAGCUGUUAGUUUAAAGAAAAAUGACAUUCUGUAGCAUCUGUUCAGAGUAGAGUAAAUUUUAGUCUUUAGCUUUUAUGACAAGCAACCACAGACCUCAAUAUGUGCUAUUUUUCAUAAUCCCCAAAAAUGUAAAAUAGAUUUUUUUUUACUUGUAGCUGUCUCUAACAAAACUGCUUGGUACCUCCUGAAUUUAUGUUAUGAGUACAAUCAUUGCUUUGCAAAUUUAUUGUAUAAAACUCUGGGAUUUAUCUAAAGAAUAAAGUAAUAAAGCGGGUCUUGCAAAGUGAAGCGUUUACAAUAUUAACUUGAGUUUACAAUAUUUGAAGUGUACAGCUCUUUCUCAUGAAUUUUUACUACAGAAUCCUUAUGAAAAUCCAAAGAUUGAAAUAAAUUCUGUUAUUAGGGCUAGUUUUGAAAUAAUGAGUAGAAAUUGAAAUGAAUCAUUUCCAUAAACUACUAUAUAGAGAUU